GGCUCUUAAAGACGCAGGACCCCAUUUCGUCGGUCGCCCGCCUGUCUCUCCGGAGCGUCGCGGAGGGCCUGGCCGGGGAGCUUGGGUCUCGCGGCGGGGCUGAGGGCUCGCAAGGGACGGGGAAGAGAAGCCUCCCGAAUGUCGCUGCUCCGCGACGGCCCCCCGAGACAAGGGAAGGGGCAGCAGCUGGCACGUUCACAUGGCCCAAUGUGUAAACACACGUGUAUACACACACGCAGCGUGCGCGCGGCCCCGCAGGGUUACUGCCUGGCGGACGCCACGCGGAGCAGCGGCCGAAUCCUGCGCCCCGUUUCCCUCUCCAGUCGCAGGUCCGGCUGGAGAGCCUUUUGCUUCGCGGGCUGCUCCAAGCGCCGCAAUAGAAACCGGGCUAAGGAACCCACACGGCGUCAAAAUGUGAAACUUGCCGCUUUUUAAAGUAUAUAUAAUUUAAACAGAUAUUAUGUGGCUUCCCCCCCCCCUUUUUUUUUUGCCUCGUUUUACCGUCAGGAAGGAACUGAUGACAUGGCAGCAGGUGAAUAAUCUGAGGCAGGCAGAGACUGCACGGACGGAAAAGCAGGCUCCGUUGCGGCCGUUUUGAAUCUCCUUGUAUGCUUGUAUGUAUAAUGGGAGAAAUUAACGUAUCGUACAGAAUAACUUUGCAGCAGAGGUGUCGGCAAAUUUAUUCAGAAAAAUCGUCUUUCAAUGAAUCAUUCUUUCUGGGGGAAAAAGCAUGUGGUAAUAUGCACUUUCAGGGGGGAGAAAUGCAAGAUUUAUACCGAUCGGACCUUAGCAUUUUUGUGUGGAAGCCCUCCCCGCAAAUCUACUACCAGAUUACAGCUCACAUCUAUAUCUGUUGACUGCAGUAUAGAAAUCCAGUGCUUUGUGAUGCUCCUGUGACAUAAAAGCAUGGAUCUUCAUUAUUAAAGUUAACAUGCAAAGGUUCCCCAAAUGCCAAAUUUGUUGUUAAAUCACAGCUUUCAUUCAUCCACAAACUACUGUAAAAUAUAAGGGAUUCAGCACUUCAUGGCCAGAAUAGCAUAACACAUGGAAUGUUCCCAAAGCAACUAUCAAAUCACUGCUUGCAUCCAUUUCUAUGGACUCCAACAUAAAAACCACAGCUCUAGAUUUCCCUAAUAUCCAGCCUGGUAAUUCUGAUAAUAUUUGGGCCAGUCCCAACCAGGUACUGUAUUACCUAACUGGAUUGUUGUAAUGGACUAAGACAGCUUCCUUUGCUUUUUGUAGAUCUAGCAUUGUUGUAGAUAACAAAGAUCAAGGGCGCAGACCCUUAUUGAUCCUUAUUCCCCUCCUCCCAUAGAAUUCCGCCCUAUCUGCCAUCAAACCACAAAUCAUAUUCAUGUCUAUGAAAUGCAUUAUAAACUUGUGGUGUGAUGCUAAAGUAUGAACCAGAUUCAUAGGUUAUCAGUCCCUACUCCAGAUUUGGGGAAACUUUAGGCAAGCUGCCCUCAAUGGGCCACCUUGCAUACUUAGUGGGGACCAGCUUGUUUGUGGGAUGGCUGCCUAUAGCAACAGCACUGAGCAGAGUUCUGACCAGUGCACCUGAACUUACUUGCUGCAUCACUCCCCAUUGUGGAAAAGCAGGCUGUUUACAUCAGCAUAUCAGAUGCUGCUAGACUUGUAUGCAGGUGUCUCGUAUUGAUAUAUUUGUUGUUUUAUGCAACUUUUUAGACUGUUAUUGUCACCCAAAGCGGCUGACAUCAAUUUUAACAAGAGCUAGAGCUGUUAUCAGGACUAGAAACUAAAAGAACACACAAGGUAAAUGGAAGUAAACGGAAUAGAAAGGAAAUUAGUUCUUCUUCAAUGUCAGAACAAAGUGGCUAGGCUGAUCUUCUGCAGCUGGUGUUGUUGCCUGAAUGCUCUUGUUCCUUUGACCCAUGUGGUGGAUCACUAAACUGCAUGUUGCAAUUGCUGCAGCCUUCUUAAUUAAGAACCUUCUAGCACUGGACUUACUUCAUCCACCCAUGCUUCCCAUUGGAUCAUCCAGGGAAGGAAUGAGUUAUAACCUUCUGUUGCAAUUAAAUCUUGUUGAGCAACAAGGUCUUCCUGAGCUCUGGUUUGUUCCUGUAUGCUUGAUUAUUGUUUAGUCAUGACUUUUGAUGUUUCUUCCUACUGUUUUGUCAUCUGGUCCUGGUUUACUUCUUGAUCCUCAAAUUUAGUCUCCACUCUGUGCACACAGAUAUGAGCUCCGAUCAUCUAUGAGAGAGCCAUGUCUCAGAUACAUGUGAUUGUGCCACUGUGCUUGUUGUAUUGUUGGCAUCCUUCUGUCUUGAGAGUGUGCUGCCUCUGGGGUGAAGUUAAACCUCCCUGGGGCACAAGCCUGGGCAGUGUGUAUGGAGGUGGUCCUGGGCUGCCCAGACGACACUGUGAUGGAGCUGUAAUUUUUACAGUGAAAUCUGUGUGGAUGGGCUUGAGCUAUGAAUAGAUGGUACACUUUUAUGGUGUAACAAUUUUAAAAUAAGAAAGAAAGAGGAAUUGCCCUGGAUCUACAUUCUUGUUUUGUGAUGGUAACAUAAGGACUAGAUCCAUGUAUAGUGAUGGCUGAUUUGGGAAGCCUCCAGGGAGAAACCAUGAGGGUCUAGGAUCCUUGGUUUAGCACUCUGAUGGAGACAUGAAGUCAUGGGUCUGUGAUUUUGGGAGCACAUUUUGUGAAUACGGAUGUGACUCAUAAUUUGGAUUUGGACCAUUUCCAUUGAGAAACCAUUCUGAUGAGCUCCAGGUCCAUGUUUUGGCACCACAGCAAACUGCUAGAUCCAUGGUUGUUAUGGGGAAGAAUGUGAACUGUGAUUUGAACUGUCAUGUGCGUACGAAAAUAAUGCAAAUUCAGCGGGAUCCUGUAAUUCAACUACAUCAUAAUUUUACUUUCCACUCCCUCUCCAAGGGGUAUGAGAAGUAGUGUAAUGAACCUUGUGUGAAGAUUGGCCAACUGAAAGUUAACCCAGGGUGAAUGGUAGGCUGAUUAUAGUUCUGGUUGCCAUGUGAACUAGAGGGCAGGGGGGGGGGCGGCUAGGCCAACUUGGGGGGAGUGGGGGUGUUGUGUUGGGAGAGAUCUAUCUGAAACCUGAAAAGACGCUGCCUAAUGGCCCUGUGAGAUCUUAGUUAGGGAUUAUAGGAGAUGCCGCCAUCCACAAACAAGGCACUGAAGUGAAGAUUCCUGUCAUAGUCCACCAUCUGUGAUGAAGGUUGCCAGCUGAGCAGUACAGCUGCAAUAGCAAUAAUCAAGGCUAUGAAACAUCUUGCUUUUUUCUCUGUGUACUGUCUGAUUUUUAUUUUAUUUUAUGUUAAUUGGUUAGCUACAGCAAUAAUUUAGGUGUAAUAUCCCAGACAUAUCUUAUUUGUUCUGUAACAUCUGAGUUACCAUACUAUUGCUUUGCUUGUCUAAAUUCCUUGGGGCUUUUCUUGACCCCAAAACAAAUUUUGCCAGUGUUUGAAAGC